GCCAUUAAGUCAUAGUGGAAAAAUGUGCUAGUAAUAAUAGUAGUAGUAGUAAACCACCGCGAAAAUGGGAACUGUGUUGAGUUUUUCGCCCAGGGAGCGACGGCCCGUUUACACCACGAGUUCUUCCACGGGAGACUUCACCCUGAACAACGUCUCCUACGAACAGUUGAACAACGUGAAGAACCGCGAGAGCAAGACGAACAUCAGCAUAACGAACUCCAACAACCACAACCUCUGCAACAACAUCAACAACAAUGAAAACGCGAGGAUCAUUUCUGAAAAGAACGCGUUGGAGAAGAACUUGAAAAAGCACUCGCUCUUCAUCAACGCCUUGUCAUGGAAGCGGUUCUCCACCACGAACAACAACAAGAAGAAGCUGGAGAACAACAAGAACAAGAACAUCACGGUGUACAGGCAGCCCUUGGUCGACAACAUGCACCCCGUCAUAGACAAAAACAAAAACAUCCACCAAAACAAAAACGGUUCGUUCUACUCGAAUUCGAAGAGCUCCUCAGCCCUAGCCUUAGACAUUGUUAGAGUUAAUAACGCCAACAACAAUACUAACAAUCACGUUAAUUGCGAUAAAGUAGGUAAUAAACAGGCUCUCCUGAGCCAGAAUCUCAACUCCCAAAAUCAGGUCGUCCCUGUGGCUGCCCCAAAGAAGACUGUUAUUCAAGCUUCCACUUCAGAGCUGCUGAAGUGCCUGGGGAUGUUUCUACACGCCAAAUGCUACAAGCUGAGGGAUUUUCAAGCCGGGGACGCUGUAAUGUGGCUCAGGACAGUCGAUAGAAGUCUGCUUCUGCAGGGAUGGCAGGACGUCGCCUUCAUCAAUCCAGCCAACGUAGUUUUCGUAUACAUGCUGGUUCGGGACCUCGUCAGAUCCGACAUCGACUGCGAGCAGGACCUCCAAGCAGUAGUCCUCACCUGCCUCUACCUCUCCUACUCGUACAUGGGCAACGAGAUCUCAUAUCCCCUGAAGCCAUUCCUCGUGGAAGACUCCAAAGAAAAGUUCUGGGACAGGUGUUUAGACAUAGUUGACAGACUCUCCCCCAACAUGUUGAGAAUCAACGCAGAACCAGGGUACUUCACUGAAAUUUUCACCGAACUUAAAGGUUGUGGUAUUGGCAACAUCGUGGCCAACAACAUGGCAACGAUGGCCAGCCAGACGGUACCGGUAGUGUCCUGUAAUACCGGUUCGACCACGCCUGCUUGACGUAGGGAAGUGACAGUAGUGAAAUUGAGCUUGGCAGAAAUGCCUACGAUACCUUGUGAAGUUUGAAUAACGUUUUUUAUCUUCCAAAUAGUUACUCGAUUCAAUCGAAGAGCUCGGGUGUUGCUUGGCAAAUUUGUCGUGUUUCGUGUGCCAAAGUUAGUAGUAGCAAAAUGUUUCCGCGUACGGGAAAUUUAGACGAGUUCUAGGAGCCGUGACAUGACAAAUUUGUUGGGGUACCACUUGGGUUAAUUGUCAAAGACGGAGGGUUUUGAUUGAUGUGUGUUUGCAGUGAAUGCGAAUACUUGGCGUGACACCAUUUCUAGCCACAAUCCAUUACGGUUUCAUGAAUUCUCCAAAGGGCGAGAGAAACAGGAAUAGAAGGAGAACAUAAGUGAUUAAUUUAUAGGGUUGAAGCAGUGAGCAUACAUUUUGGUGUUGAAAUGAGACGCCUAAGAUACAAUAUAUUUGGUCUGUGUCAUGGGGAUAUCGCGAAACAUAGGAUGCUUAGAGCAAAAUUGCUUCAUUCAGAGAUCAUUGACACGGCGUUGAA